UUCUCAAAUCAUUCUCUUUUUUCGCGAUUCUCGUAAUUAUUACUUCAAUUAUGUCAUAAUAAUCUCCAUCGCAAUUCGCUUAUGCUUGUAACAAUUAGCAAAAUCCAUAGUAGUGGUUUUUUCCAUUGAAACCAUUUAAUCUGUUUAGGUCGUAACAAAACUUAGAACUUUUCGCUAAUCAUGUCAAAGUGUUUGGAUCAGGAGUACCUUUUAUUACAUUUUUUCAUUUAUAGCUUAAAUUUAGGGACAAACCACUAAUGCUAAGUUUAUUAUAAAUUCACUUGUAUGUUUGGAGAUUAUACUGCUGUUACUGUGACCAAAUUCACUCUGUACAUUUUAUACUAAGGAUUUGUUUUUGCUCAUCUUUUGCAAUUUUGUUUUUAAACUUUUUCUCAAUUUAUGUUUUUUUUUAAUGUUUUACUGAUCCUGUCCUGCAUCCAAUGCUACAAAUCUGCGUUCUGGGGCUGUUCGUGUCUUCUUUACAGUACUUGCUGGGCUGGCUUUUAUGUUUUCAUCGAGCAUCUUGCUACAGAUUCUGGCAUGUGCAAUAUACAACAAUUGGUGGCCCAUGUUAUCAGCUCUGAUGUAUGUGCUGGUACCUAUGCCUUGCUUAUUCUUUGGAGGUGGGUCCACUCAAUUUCUAAUCAGUCGUGAUGGUGGGGGUUGGAUGGAUGCUGCAAAGUUUUUGACUGGAGCAUCAUCUAUGGGGAGCAUAGCCAUUCCUAUAAUCCUUAGGCAUGCACACAUGAUUGAGACCGGAGCAAUGCUCAUUGAGCUUGUAUCGUUCUUCAUAUUUAUAUGUACUGUUAUGUGUUUCCACCAAGCGAGCCUUGACGAUGAUUGGUAAUAACAAAUUCCAUUGUUAUUAUGUCCUGCUAGUCAUUAGGGAUUGUUAACAUAAAAAAGAAAACAAGGUACCGAGACUUAAUACAGCCAUGAAAACUGUAUCGUUCUUCGUAUUUAUAUGUUCUGUAAUGAAUAGCAAUAGCAAUUAGCAACUUAUAUGACUUCCUUUGGUUUACCUUUGUUUGUAGGGUGUGUAAGUAAAAACGUCAUUUAUGUAUAUCUUUUCUCGCCAAGGUGUGUGGAAAAAUAAAUAGCAUUUCAAUAUUUUUUUUUGAUAA